AAAAUUAGAAAAGAAAAUCAUAUUUUAUUUUUCCUAUUAAGAAGGAUUCGGUGAAUGCGCAUUUGAAACUGAUGGGGUUCGGUACCUCCAAAAAGGUUAAACACCACUGCUUUAGGCAAAAUAGUAACUACUACUAGAGGGCGCUGACAUGAUUAAUAUGGGUUGGCAUGGUAGCUUAUAAACUUCUCAACUGAAGAUUACCAUUCAGUUGAGGGAAAGUUCAAAGGUUACAAGUUUAAGGGUUAUUUCUUAGUUGUAAACAUGGACCGUGAAGAAAAUGAGUCUGUUAGCCGAUUUCGUGAGUAUUUACGCAUCAACACAAUGCAGCCUAAUCCAGAUUAUGGUAAGUGGUAAUGUAAACCCAUUGUUUUUAGAUUUAAUAUUAUGAAUUCGUUAGGAUAGCCAAACCAGUCCCAUUUUUGCGCUUGUUGGGCCUAGGCACCAAAGUUCCAAAAAAGUUGAUCUUCUCGGACCUCGUACAUGUAUGAACUAUAAUAAUAAACCGCAGAACAAUAUAAUAAUUAAUACCUAUAAUUUAUUGCUUAGAUAAAUUUAAACAAUAAACCAUGCUUCAUGCAGUUCAUUUACAAAAAUUUACUGUAAAUUGUAAAUCAAUGUUACAUUUACAUUACAUGUCGUGUAGCCUACAUUUUUAAACAAUCUGUUAAACAUCCAAACAAAAUACAAGAAUAUAUAUGAAUAUAUGAAUUAUGUCACAUUAUAAUUAUAUAGUUAAAUAUUAUAUAAUAUAGAGCCUAUGUGUAUUGAAAUGUGUCAAUUUUUACCAUUUAAUCCAAUUUCGAUCGUCUUGGUUUCAUUUAAUCAUAAACUAUAUAGUUAUAGGCCUAUACGUUUUCAAAAUUUACACAAUACUGUGAUUGUGAUACCCACAAUUUAUUCACAUCCGAUCCCUUAGUGUUGAAAGCAAAUUUUCUGACAGCUUCAUAAAAAAAUGCUGUUUCAUCAUGAUUUAUAAAAUCACAGGGGAGUUUGUUGAUUAGAAGGAAAAAAAAAGUCUGUGUCAUGCCCUUUUCAUGACAUAAUUUAGUGUUGGUUCAGCAGGACAUGCGCUGUUUGCAGGGAAAAACAUGACUUUGUCCCAAAGUGCCCAAAGACACCCUUGCAUAUUUUACAUUUGACAGGACUAGCACUAUUUCAAGGCAAGGGGUUUAGAAAUCGAUCCCGCUGAGUCAGCACACAAGCCAGUGAUUGCACUAUUUCAUACUUCACUAUUUGCAAGUUUCACAGCAUUAAAAACCUGUUCCGCUUUAAAAAAAAAAAAAAAUUAUUAACUAGUUUAUUAAUUUAAUGUACUAGAUAGAAAUAGAUUUUUAGCAUCAUCACACACCAAGGCAAGAUGGUUGCAGUCUCCAGUUUUCUUCUAGUGUAUUCUAUGUCUGGUCUAGGCAUGCUACAGUAUACUGUACUAAACUAUAUUACUAUUAUGACUAUUAAUAAGAUUAAAAUUUUAUAGAUUAUAUAAUCUGAAUUUACUCUUAAUUACAAUAGAUAGGCUAUGCUGAUUUAAAGCUAACCAUAAGACCCUAACUAAGGUAAUCUGUAUAGUUAUAAUAUGCCAGUAAUCAGAAGGACUUAUUCUUUAGUUUUGAUUAUAAUUUUAUUUUGGACAUAUUUUCCUAGAUGCAGCUCUUUGUUUUUUGCAAAAACAAGCGUCGGAAAUCGGUAUGGAAUUUAAAAUACUUGAGGUACAGUCAAACUUUAUUUUCUGUUUAGGUUAUAAAUUAUUUAUGACCAAAGAAUUGAAUUUGAAUAGAUAAAUGUUAAGAACUUGAAAAACCUUUUACAGGUUACAGAAGAAAAAAUUGUUUAUCUGAGGUCUGUUGACAUUGGAAUUUGAAGAUUCAAGUGAGAAAUGUUCCCUCUUUAAAAAAAAAAAAUUACUUUUGUCAAAAUAGUGUGUUCACUGUCUGCAUUUCAUAUGCCACUGUGCCUUAAGUAAGUGUUGUGUGUGACUUUAGUGAUGUCCGUUAUACAAGCUCAAAGUAGGACCGCAGAAACCCCCCAAAAAGCAGCACCUGCACAAAUUUAGUAUUUGAGUUUUAUUAAUUUUUUUUUAAAAGCUUUCAUCCAAUAGAAAACUUUGAGAUAUUAUUAUGUAGGAAAAAUUAAAAUUAACAUUAUGCCAUUAGUAGCAUUGCUUUUCCCUCUUAUUUUCAGAGUGGCAUUGAAGGGAAACCCAUAGGCUUGAUGACAUUGCAAGGACUUAAACCAGAGCUUAGAUCCAUCCUGCUGACUUCCCACAUGGAUGUUGUUCCAGUGUUCCCAGUAGGAGUUUUGACUCCACUUCAAAGUCUUUAUCUAGAUAACAGCAGUCUUUGUCUAGAAUAAGUCUUUGUCUAGAUAACAGCAGUCUUUAUCUAGAUAGAAAACAGCAGUCUUUAUCUAGAUAGAUAACAGCAGUCUUUAUCUAGAUAGAUAACAGCAGUCUUUGUCUAGAUAACAGCAGUCUUUGUCUAGAUAACAGCAGUCUUUGUCUAGAUAACAGCAGUCUUUGUCUAGAUAGAUAACAGCAGUCUUUAUCUAGAUAGAAAACAGCAGUCUUUAUCUAGAUAGAUAACAGCAGUCUUUAUCUAGAUAGAUAACAGCAGUCUUUGUCUAGAUAACAGCAGUCUUUGUCUAGAUAACAGCAGUCUUUGUCUAGAUAACAGCAGUCUUUGUCUAGAUAACAGCAGUCUUUGUCUAGAUAACAGCACCAUUAAAAAAAUUUAAGCAUAUUUUAUUUUAAAUUGAUUGUAGCUUGGCUCCAUAAUAAAUUUAUGCGUAAAAUUAGAAAUGCCGUAAAAUUAGAAAUGCCGGUACUUUAAAAAAGCACUUUUAACUGGAAUUAAUGCUUGUUUGGUAUGCUUAGGGGCUUUCCAUAAAUGAGGUCAUGCUGUUUGGGCUGAUUUCCUACCCUCUCACCCCAAUGGAUACAAUUGAUAUGGUUUACAUAAUGUGGUUUGUGGAUGGCCCCCUUAUUGAAAUUAUAGGUUAGUUACUGGGGUACUUGCAUUUGUAGUUAAUUGCAUUUGUAGUUAAUUGCAUUUAUAGUUCAUUGCCUUUUGUUUUGUGGGGAAUCUUAAAAAUUAUGAUCUUUUUCAAGGAAAAGUGGACACAUGAGCCAUUUAGUGCUGACAAAGAUGAGAAAGGAAAUAUAUAUGCCAGGGGCUCGCAG